AUGGGAAUAUUGAACAGGGACGAGACGCAGGAGAAUCCCCCACCUCACGACUCAACAACCACGGACACUCGCCCUGGACAGUGGCGUUGCUGCUCUGGAAUGGGAAGCUCCAGCCUGUGUCUAAGCCAGGUCAUAUUUGGUGUGUGUGCUGCCAUCAGGCGGAAGGUGGCAGUGGAGAACAGGCGCAGCAGGCGACUGCCCAAAGUACAGAGAAGACUAUCUCGUUGGCUCCUGUAA